CGUCAGAGUUGUGGGCGGGGCCAUGAUGCUUCCGGUAACAGAAGACUACUUUCGGUUUGGGAUCUCGUUAAACAUGUGAUUUUAAGUAUUAUUAUAUUCUGAUUCAGAUCUGCCGCAUUAUUAAGGGUCAUCACUAGUCAGAAGAACGUUCUUUGGUAUAUAAAUAAUACGAAGUUAGCUAGGUUAUUUGUGUUUCAGUUUUUUACUACAACAUCGUCAGACUAUGAGAUAUAACCUACGUUUCCACCCGUAGGUCCAGACGCGCAAGAGUGACUUAUAAAGCAAAUAUAAUAUAAAAAAAAAAACAAAUAUGGGCCAGUCAGAGAGCGGACAUGCUAUUUCGAAGGACUUUAAACCCAGAUCAUGCUCAGGUCUGCGUUCAGCUGUUCCUCUAGCUGUGGUUGAGGAGAUCCUGCUGAAUCUGCCUGCUCAUCAGGUGGUGCGAGUCUGUCGUCUGGUGUGUCGUGAGUGGAAGGAGCUGGUGGACAGUGCUGCACACUGGAGAGAGCGCUGUCGGAGAGAGGGGAUCCAGCCACAGGAUCCCUCCAGAGCCCCAGACGGCUGGUGCCAGUUUUACUUCUUAACUAAGAAACGACGUAACUUGCUCAAGAAUCCUAGAGCAGAAGAGGAGUUCAGUGGAUGGAAGAUUGUAGAGAAUGGUGGUGACUGCUGGACAGUAGAAGACAAUUAUGUAAAAAUCCCAAAUUUCACAGUCGCAAAAUACUUUGUCACCUCUUACUGGUUAUGUUUGAAGCAACAGCUGAUAGAUUUGAAGAAAGAAGGCUACAACGCUGCUUUCAUGGAUCAACUACAACCUCAUAUCAAAAUAUCAGACUGGUAUGCCCCGCGCUGCGAUUGUGGAAGCGUGUAUCAGAUCUGUGUGGAGUUGCUUGAUCAGAAGAAGAAACCCAUCAGUACCUUUGAGCCUGAACAAGUUUUCUUUCCACAGUGGAACGAUCAGCAGUGGUGUGAAAUGACACAUGUCUUUAAGGAUUAUGGACCUGGAGUUCGGUUUAUCCGUUUCACUCAUGGAGGGAAGGAUACACAGUUUUGGGCAGGCUGGUAUGGGAUACGGGUCACUAACAGUAGUGUGGAGAUCUGUCCCGCUGAAGAGAGAUAGUGUCUUACUGUCAGUAUUUGUUGUUUGUUAUGAGAAAUGCUGUAAUAUGUUACAUUAAAUUUAAAAGUCUUAUGAAGGUGCAAAA